AUGUCUCAGGCCGAGAUGGGAGGACAUCAAAAAAGUGGUGAACGAGUCAAAAUCAACGUGGGUGGCACCGUAUUCGAAACUACCAUCUCCACGCUGACAAGGCUGGAUAAUACUGUGCUUUCCACAAUGGUAGCAAGUCGCUGGCGGAAUCAGGAAGAGAUAUUCGUGGACAGAAGUCCGACUUAUUUUUCCAAGAUAUUAGAUUAUUUGAGGGAUGGUGAGAAUGUUACUCUCCCCAAAGAAGAUGAGGCUCGAGAGGCUCUGCGUAAAGAAGCUGAGUUCUACAAUCUCUCUGAUCUGUCCAAGAUGUGCGCACCUUACACAUCCGUAAGCAAAGACGACAAAGGCUUUGAAGUAAAAGCAUUCUGCCAAGGCGAUAUUGUGCAAUGGAAGGAAAGCGCUAUCCAAAUGUACUGGAAGUAUUUUGUCAGAUAUUUGUACGAACGGGAAUAUCCAUGGUUCGCGGAGGGAAAAUCACGUACUUGUAUGGCCUGUGGAGACACUAGUAAUUGUUAUGUUGGUCCCUCAGCCUCGGUCAGUAUUGUUGAGCUCCGUAACAUUGUGAUCAGCUACGAAGACUGGAUACCGCUGAGGCAACAUAUGCCAUAUAUGAAAGGAAAGGUAACCUCUGCGAGUUAUGAAAGGUCCUGCUGUGAGGUGGAAUGGGGCAGCCUGCGUACGCACAUUCCGCAGUCUGUACUGCGCAAGACGAAAUAUUAGACAGUUUCCCAUACCUUCGACAUUAUCUUGAUUUAUUGUACCUCUCAUACUGAUUCACUUCCUUUGAAGUUUCUCGUUAGGUUUGCC